UAGGCUUUCAAAGUAAAAGCACAUGCAGUGUUUGUUUACCCUAAGUUUUAUAAAGGGAUGCUUUUGAAAAGUCAAAUGUCACAUACAAUCAGGCUUGCUGGACUUGAAAAAAAGUAAAAGAAACAUUCCAAUAUUAAAAAAAAAAAAAAAAAAAAAAAAGCCAAAUGACGACGAUGUCGCAGCGUGUCGCUAAAAGCAUCGGGAGCAAACCUCUUCAGAUUUGGGACACAAAGGUGAAGAAUGGUCAUAUAAAACGAGUUACAGACAAUGACAUCAACUCGCUUGUGCUGGAGGUGGAGGGUGCAAACGUCAGUACGAACUACAUCACGUGUCCAGCUGACCCCAGGCAGACGCUUGGCAUCAAGAUGCCUUUUCUCGUGAUGAUUGUCAAGAAAACCAGGAAAUAUUUCAGCUUUGAAGUCCAGGUGUUGGACGAUCAGAAUUUACGCCGACGGUUUCGGGCAAGCAAUCAUCACAGCACGACGCAAGUCAACUCAUUCAUGUGCACCAUGCCGAUUAAUGUUGAUGAUUGCUGGAACCAGUUUCAGUUUAACUUGGCUGAUAUUACCAUGAGGGCUUAUGGAACCAGUUAUGUCGAGACACAACGUGUGCAGAUGCAUGCAAAUUGUCGUAUUAGGAGGGUGUAUUUCACAGAUAAACGGUAUACAGAGGACGAGCUCCCGCCAGAGUUUAAGCUGGUUAUUCCUGUCAAGAAACAAGACGGAAGCAAAAAGGGAGGUUCCAGAGUUGCUCCAUUAGCAUAGACCUAAAAUAGUUUUGAGCAUUUUUCUUUAAUGUGAAAAACCUUACAAUACCCCUAAAACAUAUAUACAGUGUAAUAUUGUCGUUUGAAACAAAUAAGCUUCUAGUUAAUUGUGGGAUUUCCUUUAUUUUCAUAAACAAAUCCCACUGAACUUGCAUGACUUACUGAAGUUAAAUUGUGUUUUGUUCAUUGCAAAACAAUGUUCCUCGUGUUAAGAAUGAUGUAAAUAUCUCUUGUGAAAAAUAAUAAACAACAACUAAGUAUAUUUUUUGUAAACUAAAGCUUGGGCCAAAAAAAAGCCAAAAAUGUUGCAUGUUGUUGGACAACAUAAGACUGCUUUAAACGUGACACAUUUCAUUCAUGAAUUAAAAUGAAUGAUACAUUGUGUAAACUUACACUAAAGAAUACUGCAAUAUUCAUUGUGACUUUUGUUUGUGUAAAAACAAAACAAAAAAGUUUGAGAUAUUUGGCUUUUGGGUAAAAACUUCAGGACAAGCCUAACCUUUGCCUCUUUCUUGUUAUGUCCUAUAGUUAAGCAUCAGGUGUUCCCACAAGUGAUCAUGAAAUCACC